AUGACUGGAACGGGACAAAAGCUUAACAUCCGACGACGGGUUGGAGAGGUAAAUUCUUUGUCUUUUUGUUGUUUAUCUCCGACACCGACAAGCUUAGACAACCGGUGUGUAAAUAUGAUAGCAAACUUGUUCCAUGCUCCUGUUGGACAAGACGAGGCUGUUAUUAGUUGUGGAAUUGUUGCUUCAUCUGAGUCUGCUGGUUUAGCUUUCAAAAUGAAAUGGCAACAUAGGAGAAAAGCUCAGGGUCUACCUAUUGAUAAGCCUAACAUUGUUACUGGAGUCAAUGUUCAGGUGUGCUGGGAGAAGUUUGCAAGGUACUUUGAGGUAGAGCUCAAAGAGGUGAAACUAAGUGAAGACUAUUACGUGAUGGACCCAGCUAAAGCUGUAGAGAUGGUGGAUGAGAAUUCCAUCUGUGUUGCAGCGAUUCUAGGAUCCACAUUUACUGGAGAGUUUGAGUAUGUGAAGCUAUUGAACGAUCUCUUAGCUGAGAAGAAUGCAAAGACGGCUUGGGAAACUCCUAUUCACGUUGAUGCAGCAAGUGGAGGAUUCAUUGCUUCCAUGGGUGAAGAGUAUCAAUGUCAGUGA